CGCCAAGUAUGUUUGGGCUGGACCAAUUCGAGCCCCAGAUCAACAACAGGAACGCUGGCCAGGGCGAGAGGAACUUUAACGAGACCGGACUGAGCAUGAACGCCCACUUUAAGGCCCCUGCUUUCCACACAGGGGGGCCCCCAGGUCCCGUGGACCCUGCCAUGAGUGCACUGGGCGAGCCCCCAAUCUUGGGCAUGAACAUGGAACCCUACGGCUUCCACGCGCGGGGCCACUCGGAGUUGCAUGCAGGGGGGCUGCAGGCGCAGCCUGUGCACGGCUUCUUCAGCGGCCAGCAGCCUCACCAUGGCCAUCCGGGAGGCCACCACCCCCACCAGCAUCACCCCCACUUCGGGGGCAACUUCGGUGGCCCGGACCCAGGGGCCUCCUGCCUGCAUGGGGGUCGCCUGCUCGGCUACGGCGGCACUACCGCCGGCCUGGGCAGCCAGCCGCCCUUCGCAGAGGGUUACGAGCACAUGGCGGAGAGCCAGGGGCCGGAUAGCUUCGGCCCUCAGCGACCAGGAAACCUUCCGGACUUCCACAGUUCGGGCGCCUCGGGCCACGCCGUGCCCGCCCCGUGCCUGCCGCUGGACCAGAGCCCUAACCGGGCCGCCUCUUUCCACGGCUUGCCCUCCUCCAACGGCUCCGAUUCCCACAAUCUUGAGUCCCGGAGGGUGUCAAACCAAGGAGCCGUGGACUCGCUGGAAUACAAUUACCCGGGCGAGGCGCCCUCGGGACAUUUUGACAUGUUUUCACCCAACGACUCAGAGGGGCAGCUGCCUCACUACGCGGCAGGUCGUCAGGUUCCUGGGGGCACUUUCCCGGGUGCCUCGGCCAUGCCCAGAGCUGCGGGCAUGGUGGGCUUGUCCAAAAUGCAUGCCCAGCCCCCGCAGCAGCCGCCUCCGCAACCCCAGCAGCCUCAACAGCAGCACGGCGUGUUCUUCGAGAGGUUCGGCGGGGCCCGAAAGAUGCCUGUAGGUCUGGAGCCCGGGGUGGGCUCCAGGCACCCGCUAAUGCAGCCUCCCCAGCAGGCCCCGCCGCCCCCUCCGCAGCAGCCCCCUCAGCAACCGCCCCAACAGCAGCCACCACCACCACCUGGGCUUCUAGUCCGACAAAAUUCGUGCCCGCCUGCGCAUCCGCGGCCCCAGCAAGGUGAGGCCGGCACGCCCAGCGGAGGUUUGCAGGACGGGGGUCCCAUGCUGCCCAGCCAGCACGCGCAGUUCGAGUACCCCAUCCACCGGCUGGAGAACCGGAGCAUGCAUCCUUUCUCCGAGCCGGUUUUCAACAUGCAACACCCCCCUCCGCAGCAGGCGCCCAACCAGCGGCUGCAGCAUUUCGACGCGCCCCCCUACAUGAACGUGGCCAAGAGGCCGCGAUUCGACUUCCCAGGCAGCGCGGGAGUGGACCGCUGUGCGUCUUCGUGGAAUGGGAACAUGCACAACGGAGCCCUGGACAACCACCUCUCGCCCUCCGCCUACCCGGGCCUCCCCGGCGAGUUCACGCCGCCUGUACCCGACAGCUUCCCUUCAGGGCCUCCCCUCCAGCACCCGGCCCCUGACCACCAGUCCCUGCAGCAGCAGCAGCAGCAGCAACAUCAGCAGCAGCAGCAGCAGCAGCAGCAGCAGCAACAGCAGCAGCAACAGCAGCAGCAGCAGCAACAGCGCCAAAACGCGGCCCUCAUGAUUAAACAGAUGGCGUCGCGGAAUCAGCAACAGAGGCUGCGCCAGCCCAACCUGGCCCAGUUAGGCCACCCAGGGGACGUGGGCCAGGGCGGUCUGGUGCACGGCGGCCCAGUGGGUGGCUUGGCCCAGCCGAACUUUGAGCGCGAAGGCUCCAGCGCGGGUGCCUCGGGGCGCCUGGGCACCUUCGAGCAGCAGGCACCGCACUUGGCCCAGGAGAGCGCGUGGUUUCCAGGUCCUCAGCCCGGUGACCUGCUGCCCCGCAGGAUGGGUGGGUCGGGCCUGCCGGCAGACUGCGGCCCGCACGAUCCGGGCCUGGCGCCUCCCCCUCCGCCCGGGGGCUCGGGGGUGCUGUUCCGGGGCCCUCUGCAGGAGUCGCUGAGGAUGCCUGGUGAGGGCCACGUGCCCGCGCUGCCCUCGCCGGGCCUGCAGUUUGGGGGCAGCUUGGCUGGCUUGGGUCAGUUGCAGUCGCCUGGGGCCGGAGUGGGACUACCCAGCGCGGCCUCAGAGCGCCGGCCUCCACCGCCGGACUUCGCCGCGCCAGGGCUCGGGGGUCAGCCGGGCUUUCCUUUCGGCGCAGGGAGCAGGCAAGCCACUCCGCACAGCGGUCCCGGCGUCAACUCGCCCCCAAGCGCAGGCGGGGGCGGCGGCAGCUCAGGGAGCGGCGGGGGCGGCGGGGGCGCGUACCCGCCACAGCCCGAUUUCCAGCCCAGCCAGCGCGCCUCGGCCAGUAAGCUGGGGGCACUCUCCUUGGGCUCCUUCAAUAAACCCAGCUCCAAGGACAACCUGUUUGGCCAGAGCUGCCUGGCUGCGCUCUCCACCGCUUGUCAGAACAUGAUUGCCAGUCUCGGGGCCCCCAACCUCAACGUGACCUUCAACAAGAAGAACCCACCCGAGGGCAAGAGGAAACUCAGCCAGAAUGACACCGACGGUGCAGCGGUGGCAGGCAACCCCGGCUCGGAUUACUUCCCUGGGGGGUCUGCUCCUGGAGCCCCAGGAUCUGGAGGCCCCUCAGGGACCAGUAGCAGCGGCUCCAAAGCAUCAGGGCCCUCAAACCCGCCCACCCAGGGGGAUGGCACCAGCCUCUCCCCCAACUACACACUAGAGUCCACGUCGGGGAACGAUGGCAAGCCGGUCCCAGGGGGCGGUGGCCGGGGACGGGGUCGCAGAAAAAGGGACAGUGGUCACGUGAGCCCUGGGACCUUCUUUGACAAGUACUCUGUGGCUCCAGACAGUGGGGGUGCACCUGGGGUGAGCCCGGGGCAGCAGUCAGGUCCAGGCGCUGCCGUCGGGGGAAGCUCUGUGAGCGAGGCUCGCGGGGCGCCCACGCCCCACGAGAAGGCACUCACAUCGCCGUCAUGGGGAAAAGGGGCUGAGUUGCUCCUGGGGGACCAGCCAGACCUCAUGACAUCCCUGGACGGCGGGGCCAAGUCGACCGGUAGUUCGCCCCACGUGGGUGAGUUUACCUCCGACGAGGUGAGCACCAGCUACACCAAUGAGGACGAGGUGUCGUCCAGCUCUGACAACCCCCCAGCCCUGGCCAAAGCCAGCAGGAGCCCCCUAGUGACUGGCUCACCCAAACUCCCUCCUCGAGGGGUGGGCACCGGGGAUCAUGGACCGAAGGCGCCUCCACCCCCGCUUGGCCUGGGCAUCAUGUCUACCUCUACCUCGACCCCUGACAGCUACGGUGGGGGCGGGGUUGCUGGCCAUCCGGGCACUCCGGGCCUGGAACAGGUCAGGACCCCCACAAGCAGCAGCGGGGCAGCGCCUCCCGACGAGAUCCACCCUCUGGAGAUUCUCCAGGCGCAGAUCCAGCUGCAGAGGCAGCAGUUCAGCAUCUCUGAGGACCAGCCCCUGGGGCUCAAGGGUGGCAAGAAGGGUGAAUGCCCAGUGGGGGCCUCGGGCACGCAGAAUGGUGACAGCGAGCUGGGGAGCUGCUGCUCAGAGGCGGUCAAGAGCGCCAUGAGCACCAUUGACCUGGACUCAUUGAUGGCAGAGCACAGUGCCACCUGGUACAUGCCAGCUGACAAGGCCCUGGUGGACGGCGCAGAGGAUGACAAGACGCUGGCACCUUGGGAAAAGGCCAAACCCCAGAACCCCAACAGCAAAGAAGCCCACGACCUCCCGGCGAGCAAGGCCUCAGCCACCCAGCCCGGCAGCCACUUGCAGUGCCUGUCUGUCCACUGCACCGAUGACGUGGGUGAUGCCAAGGCCCGUGCCUCUGUGCCCGCCUGGCGGUCCCUGCACUCCGACAUCUCCAACAGAUUUGGGACAUUUGUGGCUGCCCUGACUUGAAUCGACAAGAGAGGGCCCUCCCCAACCAGGCGCCCCUGUGUUCCCCCCUCCUCCCCUCCCCUGCCCUCACCCCGCUGUUAAUUUGAAAGGGCCACUAUUGCUGAGUGGAUGAUUUUCUUUUUCUUUCUUUCUUUCCUUUCCUUUCCUUUUUUUUCCCCCUUCUUUUUUUGGUCUUGAUUGGUACCUGCUUAGUGGCAUAUGGACCCGAAAGGGUUAAUUUAAAGGGGCGGGGGCGGGGGAACCUCAAAGUAUUUUUUUUUUUUUAAAGAAACUGUCUGCCACAGUAUGUUACCAGUGUUAACCCUCGGCAGUUAGCAGACUUUGCUGAAGCCUUUUUCCUGCUAGAGACUCCCCCGUUUCUCUGUCAUCUUGGCAUACACUUUUAGAUGACCUCUUUCUUUGUUUUAUUAUCAUGCUGCUUGUGUGUCCAAGUAUUUCAUAAUAAGAAAAGAAUUGCUUCCUUUUUUAUUCUCCUUUCUUCUUCUUUUUCUCCUUUUCUGCCCCGCCCCCACCCUUGCUUUAUUUUCCUCCUCCCUCUCUGCUUUGCUCACUAUGAGAAUGGUAACCCUGAGAGUAGCAGUCCUGGACUAUGGCCGGGGAAAGUCAGAUCAGACCGGCAUCACAGUGUCACACAUGGACAUCCAGCUGUCACGGGUCACGCGGGAGCCAAACAAUUAAUACCCUUCUUAGGUAUUCUGCCUGUGACUUUGUUUUGUCUGUUGAGAUUGAGAGAGAGAGAGAGAGAGAAUGGUUUUCUUUCCAACAGACACACUCUGGGCCUCGGGCUGUGUUCUGUUCUGUCCCUUUGCUCAGGAAGGGUGCAGUGGAGGGAGCUGGGGGACAGGAAGUUAGAUGGGAGGCUCCUCUCCUCUCCUUUUUGGGCCUCCCUCCCGCCCUCCUUGGCUCCCUCUGCAGGGUGCCAGUUCUGCCUUUUGCAGAGUGUGGGCCAGAGGGUGGACCCUUCCAGCUCAGAGGCCUGGUUGCCGGGCUCCUUGCUCUUUCCUGGCCAUGCACUCUGGGCAAGAAGUGGCCUGGGGGUGUCUCCCCACUUUUCUCAUCCACUCCCCAGUCCCAUCCUGGGAGGGAUGAAGAGCCCCUAACUCACCCUGAAAGAAAUCCCCCUUUUUCAGAUUUUUCUUUGCAAACUUCUGGCGGCUUAGAGGAGGGACCCAGAGAACGCAGCUAAUGGUUUCGAUUCCUGGGCCUUUUGUUGUUUAACCCUGCGUUUCCCCAUCUGAUUUGAUUUCACUCUGUUUUAAAACUAGAACCAUGUCCCCCAUCUCAUGAGGAGGCAGAGCUAAGCAGUGGCCCCAGAGGCCUGGUGAGGGCCGGGAUGGGUACCCCUGGGAGUGGUGAUGCCCACGCCAAAGGCAUUUGUGACUUGUGGGGUUGUGGGGGGCGUGUAGGUUCCUUGGCGGGUCCAUGGGUGACUCUUCCUUCCUAUCUUAUUUCCGUUGUGGUGGCCGAGGGUGUCCCCCUUAACUUUUGGGUUUUGAGCCAUCCCACUCUCCCAGAGUUUACAGGUCCAGCUUUUUUUUUUGCAAAUGACCUUCAGGUUUGGGGCUCACUACACAACACCCAUAUUGUUUAUUUCAAAGAACUCUUCAGCAAAGCCAGAGCAGCGUCCAGAAAACCCUCGCUCCUCCAUCUCCCUCCUCCUCUUUCCUUGGUAGGCCCUUUAGGCUGAGGUCUGAGUCCAGGUGUCCGAGGUUCUUGCUGGACAGCCUGGCCAGGGACAGACCCCAGCUGCAGAGGGCAGACAGAGCAGGUGGUGUUCAGGUAACAGCAAGAAAGUUCGAGCUGUCGAGGUCCCGUGCUCCCACGGGCAUGGGGAGGGACGGAUGGACGUUCCCCCUGCGUGGGCUGCGGGAGAAGCGGCCGGAUUGUGGACAGAGGAGGACCCCCACCCCUGCUAUGUACAGCUGUUCGAGAAUUUCAUCCUUUUCCUUUUUAAACAGGAAUGGUUUCUCCUUAAUUGCUUAAGGCCGGGGAGCAAAGCGUCUUAACUUCUGUCUUUGACUUUCCCAGCGUGGACUCCAUCAGCAUUUGGCCAUGAGCUCAAAAUCUUGGAAACCUCUGAAGUUUUAAACAUUCUCGCUCCCCACGACCCCAGAAUGGAACAGCUUUUAAAACAGCCUUAAGCAAAAGGAUGUAAUUUCAUUAAAUUUGGUUUAAUGGAAAGAAUAAAAGCAAAUGAGAAACACACCCGACGCACGAGCCCCCGAACACUGGUAAUCGGUACUGCAUAGCGAGCUCUUCGGGAACGAAACGAAAUGUUGUUGCACAUGUAAAAUAUGAAAACUUAACUCUGCUGUGUGUUAGGCAAUCCUGUCAUCUUUUUUGACUCUUAAGAGAAAUUCAUUUCUGAAAUGCUUGGUUGGAAGACUGUGACAAUAGCUCAUGAAAUUGAGUGUUAUUUUUUUCUUUCUUUUUUAAAAAAAUAUGUAAAGUGCAGUCUUCCUUAUUCAUGCAUAUUGUAUAUACCUGUAUAUGUUUUCCUGAGCAGCUAAAUAACAAUAAAUAUGACGUUAAUGGUGA